AUGUUUCCUUGGUCUGCAGUUUUCUUCUCUGAGCCCAAAGUGCCCGGCGAGCGCAGCACUGAGGAGUUGGUGACCAACACUCUGAUGUUGGAGUUGGGGGCCAUGGUGAAGCGCACUGAGCGCAUCCGUCUGGAGCGUUUGACAGAGGGUCGGCGUCGCAGCUCCUCCUCCACCGCCAACUACAGCUGGCUGGCCUCCCACCCGACCCCGCAGCCCUACGAGCUGACGCCCGGCAACCUGCUGGAGCUGCAGGACCUCUGUGCCAAGAUCCCCCCUGCACAGUGUGGCCCUCUGAUCAUCAGGUUCAGGCAGCUGGUAUCUCAGAUCGAGCCUGACGUUCCCGAGGUUUCCCGGCUGUUUCGCUCAGUGCUACACGAGUGCAUGGACCAAGUGAACAGAGCUGAAGACAUGCAGACUCAGAGCGCUGUCUUCCACAAGCAGCAGCGCAGCAAGAGCCUCUCUUUUGAUACUUUCUGCAGCAAGUUCAGCAAAGGUCAGCUUUUCAAGGGCAGCGGCUUGCGAGGCUCCAGGGGGAAUCUGCAGCAGCAGGUGGAUUGGUACAAGGAGGAGGAGGAAGAUGAAGAUGGGGAGGAAGAGGCCAUCAAGGCCAGGGCGAUAAAGGGAAGGAGCAGGAGCAUGCCAGAGAUCAGCCCUCUGGAGCAGAGUGCACAGGGGUGA